GAUGCUGUCAAUUUGAAAAAUUCGAAAUGUAGAAGUCAGUUCUUUUUUUUCGAAAAGGUUUACGUUUUCCCCGAAUGUUCUUGGAAAAAUUGAUCGUUUUUGUGAUACUGUGUGCGUGUUUCAUAAAUUCAGGUAAAUUCCAAGUGUCCUGUAAUACCAUCCAUAGUCCAUCGACAGCAGUGGAAGAUAUGGACUAUGUGAAGAGUUGCGAAUUCGCUAGCCAUCCAGUGUUUCAACUUGUUGUUUUCAACGUUCUCAUCGCCUUUAUCGUAUGGCGCAACAUGGAAGGUGGUGGUGAGGGUGCUGGUGGAGGCGGAGGGGGUGGAGCUGAAACUGGUGGUGGAACAGAACAAGCAUGAAUUCAUCGUCUUUUUUUCCGAAUCGAAAAAUUAAAUUCAUUGUUUUAUCCAA